AGCAGCCGCCGUACCCCCGCCAGACGUCUGACGCCCACCUCCAUCUUCUCAUCUUUCCCCCUUCCCUCCAUAAAUCCCGACACCUCCUCUAAUGGAGGCGCUCGCCACCGCACCCGCGCCAUCACGUCCAGGCCUCCCACCUCCGACCCGCCGCUCGCAUCUCCGCCGCCCCAAAACCCUAGCCACCUCCAAGCUCCCUCGCCGCGUCACCGCCGCGCUUCCCAUGGACCGCGCCGCACCUCUUCGCUGCACUCCCGCCGAGACGGAUGCGGCGGCGACGACCUCGGACCAGGCCGAGACGGCAGCGGCGGCGGUGGCCGAAGCCACGGAGCAGGGCAACAACGGGGGCCCAGCGGGGAACGCCCCCGCCGCAAGCAUCGAGGGGCUCGACGGGAUAAAGAUCCGGAGGCGCCCGGUCACGGGCCCGUCCGUGCACCACGUGGGCCCCUUCCAGUUCCGCCUCGAGAACGAGGGGAACACGCCGCGCAACAUCCUCGAGAAGAUUGUAUGGAACAAGGACGUUGAGAUUUGGCAGAUGAAGGAGAAAAUGCCCUUGUACAGGCUGAAAGGCCCGCUGGACAAUGCGCCUCCGGCCAGGGACUUUGUUGCUGCGCUGAAAGCAUCGUACAAUCGGACUGCUCUGCCCGCUCUGAUUGCGGAGGUCAAGAAGGCUUCACCAAGCCGGGGGGUUCUUAGGGAGAAUUUCGACCCGGUCGAGAUCGCUCAAGCAUACGAGAAAAAUGGAGCAGCAUGCUUAAGUGUUCUUACAGAUUCAAAAUUCUUUCAGGGAAGUUUCGACUACUUGGAGGCUAUACGCAAUGCUGGAGUAAAGUGUCCUCUUCUGUGCAAAGAGUUCAUCAUUGAUGCUUGGCAGCUUUACUAUGCACGGUCUAAGGGAGCAGAUGCUGUUCUUCUGAUUGCUGCCAUCUUACCUGAUCGUGAUAUCAGUUAUAUGCUGAAAAUAUGCAAAAUACUCGGGAUGGCAGCUUUAGUUGAGGUGCAUGAUGAAAGGGAAAUCGACCGUGUUAUAGGGAUAGAUGGCAUUCAGCUUAUUGGCAUCAAUAAUCGUAAUCUUGAAACUUUCGAAGUUGACAUCUCAAACACCAAAAAGCUUCUGGAGGGUGAACGGGGACAACUUAUAGCCCAAAAGGACAUAAUUGUCGUAGGCGAAUCUGGACUGUUUACGCCUGACCAUGUUUCGUUCGUUCAGGAUGCCGGGGUCAAAGCGAUUCUUGUCGGGGAAUCCCUCAUCAAGCAGGACGAUCCUGGGAAAGCAAUCGCUGGGCUUUUUGGUAAAGACAUCUCACCCAUGAGUAGUGCUGCGUAAAUAGAAGAAAGGGUAAGGAUCGUGAAUUACUGGAUCUCUCAUAUUUUGUAUAGAAAAAACAGAGCGGUAUGCGCUUUUGGAGAGUUUUGGUCAGCAGUUUUGUUUACCUGGCCAGUAUCGGCGUUCUCCCCUCACCACUGUUUCCUGGAAGUUGUAACCGGCCUCUUUAUUCAAAGGAUGCAAUUGAAGAGAGAUGAUCAAAUAAGUUGGCUUUAGUUGUUA